AUGUCUGAGAGGCUAAAAACGAACAAUAUAUCGAAUGAAGAAGUCAUUGAAGAUUUAACUAAAGAUCUAGAAAUGUCUCUACAAACUGGCGAAGGAGAUUUUGUUGUGAAUCCAGAAUCCACUACAGAUGAAAACAAGUCACCUAAAGAUAAAACAAGCAAAGAUAUUCCCACUGCAAGUAACACAUUCAACGACGAGACGGAAAUAGACAGCAAAUAUGAAGACAGCGACAAAGAAAGCGACUCAGACUCAAUAGACGAGACGUCUCUCAAAGAUGCUGAAAUGGAUCUGACCGAGGAUGAGAAAGCUGAACGGCAGGUGAUCGCUGAGGAGUUGAAGAGGGCCGGCAAUGAAUCGUUCAAGAUCGGAGACUUUGAUAGAAGCAUAGAGAAAUAUACAGAAGCUCUCCGAAUUUGUCCACUACAAUACACAACGCAACGUGCAAUACUUUACUGCAACAGAAGUGCAUCAAAGAUGAAGCUGGAAAAAUACAAGCAAGCCAUCAAAGACUGUACAAAGGCUGUGGAACUCGAUGACACAUAUCUUAAGGCAUAUUACAGACGAGCUCAGUCAUACGAGGCCACGGACAAGCUAGAUGAAUGUCUUGCAGAUUACAAGAAGAUUCUAGAACUAGACCCUUCACACAAAGAAGCGCAUGCAGCCAUUAUACGUCUGCCGCCAUUAAUAGAGGAGAGGAACGAAAAACUCAAAACGGAAAUGCUUGGAAAACUAAAAGAUUUAGGAAAUAUGAUACUCAAGCCAUUCGGUCUAUCCACGGAAAAUUUCAAGCUGGAACAAGACCCGGAAUCCAAGGGAUACAAGAUAAAUUUCAAGCAAUAA